GUGCUAGCGACCUGGCGCACAGCACGUGCGUUUAUGUUAGCCAGCCUAAUUAGAGGCUGGCUAAACACAGGUUGAUGUUUUUGGGGGUAAUUAUUGGGGACUACCGUGACGACAGGUCCAAUGAGGGUCCCAGAGGCUGAAAUAAUGGGUGACAUUUUGAUGCGAGCAAUAGGUGAGCCGGUGCUCCCUAUUCACUGCAAUGUUACAAAAUUCAGACGCGGUUCCAACGGCCAGUAUGUGGACGCAGAAGAUUGGAGUGAAAUUGUGAAGAGAAGACAAAUGGUCAAUGCCAAGGAACGCCAGAGAAUAAGGAAUUUAAAUGGCAUGUUCUCUCGUUUGAAGCGCAUGGUGCCUCUGAUGCGUCGUGACAGGAAGCCUAGUAAAGUAGACACUCUUAAGGCCGCCACAGAAUACAUAAGGCUACUUGUUGCUGUACUACAGGACUCCGACAAUAAUGCUGGAGGCCCCACUGAUUUCCUCAGGAACGCUAUCAACUAUGCGACCACUGAUGGCAUCGCCAGUGACAUGUGGAGAUUGGAUGAGAUACUGGAGGGUGUGUCUGGCGAGGCAGAGGUGACAGAUGCCAUGACCAUGACCGUCCCUGUAGUCACAGCAGAGUAUGGCGAUACGGAUGGAGACAUGAGUGGGCUGGUGUUGCACCAUUGUGUGGUGCCCACCUACCAGUACAUCCUCCAAGUGGCCCCGGAUCAGACUAUGGUACUAACUGAACAAACCAACUAUGUUGGCUCCAGCAUGGAGCCACUUGCUCCCACUUCAUAAAUGGACCAAGACGAAUUGUUAGAACGUUAAAUUGGUGUCGAACGAGGCUAAAGAAUGGGUAACCAGACGUUGCUUACAUCAACCUAAACUGUUUCAACUAUAGUGUAAACU